AAUCUGCUCUUUUCACAGCGCCUCGAAUCGCAUUCCACUGGAGGAGCGGUGGUGCAGUGCGGACACGGAGGACAGCAGCGCCGCUUACUCCGAUCAGCGAGGAGGACACCGACGCCCCAAGCUAUGUGAUCCCCUGGUCUUCCACUCUGCGGAGGCGAGGAGAGGACCGGGGCAAGCCAUCGUCUAUAAAUUGGCAGGCAUCUAACGCCCAACCUCAUCAGCUCGGCUCCCUUUCCCCAGCUUCCAACCUCACACUCUCCUCUGCCUCUCAGCCUACAGAACCUCUUCUCAAUCUCUCCUGACAAGUCACACCAUGGCGCCCAUCAACCUCGCCUCUCUCCCCGCUCCCUCAAUGGAGGCCAGACGCAAGUCGCCCCUCCCCUCUCUCGAUGUGGUGAUGCACUCGCUCACCGAGCUCGACCGGGCCGGCCCUCUGACCAGCACGAAGGGCAGCGCGUUCCUCGUCUCCCCCGUUGUCGGCGCCACGCUCCUCACCUCUGCGGCCAAGCUUGCCAAAAACGCAGAGCCGCCCCUCACAAGUCCCACCUCGCCUCUGGUGUGCCACCCCAUUGCCAUCGGCACCUCAGCCCCUAUGGCCACCGAGAAGGCAUUCGACAAGGUCCUCUUCGAGGGGCAGGUGCGCCCCGUCGCCGUCGCGGCCUUUGAGGAUCUCCUUUUCCUCGCCCGCAUUGCCAAGUGGAAGGUCGCGUAUCACGAGGGCCAGCCUUUCAACCGCUCCGAGCAGCUUCCUUACUUCGGGCGCGUGGACGAGUCGCUCGUCCGCGAGGGACUCGAGAAGACCAUCUCCGAGAUCUGGAGCUCUGACGACCCCCGCUCCGCGGCUGAAAGCGACAAGGCGCGCACACUCGCCGAUCUCAUCGUUUCGCCAACGACCCCGCUCGGAGAGGUGCUCGGCGCACUGCAGAAGGCCUUUGAGCUCUGUACAGCAACGAUAGAGCGCUUCGGCGGCGCGACCUUCAACGCCAUCCACCCCGACCAGCGCUCGGUCUUCGAGCUCACCGUCAAGCACCGCCCCGACCGCCUCGUCAUCCAGUGGCCGGGCUCCCUCGGCCCCGACUUCCUGACGGCACUCACGACCAACGCCGAGACUCUUCGUGAAGCCGACACCGACCCCUGUUUCGUCGACUUUGUUGCAUACCACAUCGGCUACGAGCUGCUUCGCGCCGGCGCCAAGCUGGACACCAAGGACGCGCGAUGGCUCGGCACCCCCGGUUUCCGCAAGGACACUCAGACCUUUGUCUCCCUCACAGAUCCCGGAGAGGGACACAUCUUCGGCACUACCCGCCGUGCUCGCUGGCUCAAGGGCGCCAUCUGCCAUGUUGAGCACCUCGAGCGGCCCGGUAACCUUCCUCGCGAGGAGAUCGAGUCUUACCGCAUCCCGUCCAUCUUCGAGUUCGCUCGUGUGCGCCUCCACACCGGCAAGUCAGCGCCCAACACGUACUUCGUUGGCCGCCGUGUCAAGGACUCGACGUCCGGUACCUUCGCCCACGACUUCAUCAAAGUCGUCAAUCUCACUUCUGCGGCAUGCUCCGCGGCGUUCCAGCUAGGUGCUGCCGAAGCCAAGGUGGCGAUGGACGGGCUCAAGGCAAGUGAGCAGGUGGCCUACAUGCGCGCAAUGAGCGGCCACGUCCUACGCAACUACAAGCAGGUGCUGUCAGCUGCUUACAACCUGAACGCGCCUCUGAUCGACGACCUCUCCCCGCCUAUUCUCAACAGCGACGGCGAGAGCGUCUACCCCCUUAUUACGGACAACUUUGAGAUCGCCAAGCGCGGAAUCGAACUCGCCUCCCUUGGCGGCUUCGACAAGGUUACCUUCGACGGGGCGAGCGACAGCUACCCGUCCAAGUGCGUGAUCCUCCAGAUCUCUGUCGCCAAGGCCCUCGAGCUCGUCCACCUCGCCCACCAGGCUGGUCUCAUCACCUACAUGUCCGCCGGGUUCAAGUUCGUCCACAUCGCCGACGCCGUUUACACGGGUGUGGACGGUAUCGGGAUUGGCGGCGCCCAGAUCCUCCGAUACAUGGACGCCAACACGGGCCACCACGGCCCCUACACGGAAGAGUUUAUCGACCGGAUUGACCACGAGCGCGACCAGGCUGCUAACAGCAUCCGCGGUCGUGGCGUCAACCUCCUCUGCCGGCUUGACCGCAUGUUCUAUGAGGGCUCCAUCACGGCAGACGAGGAGGCGCUCCGCACGCCCCUCUUCGAGGCGCUGCGCGACGUCGACGAGCCCGCGAUUGAGGGCUUCCUCAACAACCCCGUCCUGGCCGACAUUCUCGCAAUGGAGGACGACGGUGAGAGCCCCAUGCUCGGCAACGCGCGCCGCCUGCUGCGCGGUGAGGUGCUCCUCAAGACCCGCCAGCCCGAAAUGGAGGCCCAGUGGGCCAAGCUCGUGCGCGACCUCACGGCGCUCCUCAAGAACCCAGACGAAGAGGUCCUUGCGGGAUACUACCGCUCGCAGCCGUGGACCGCAUUUCGCGAGGCCUACGCCAAGACCAUGCGGACGACGCGCGGAGACCGCCUGUACACGGUCAAGUCCGCUCCUCACGUCUAGCUCAUUGAUCAUCGCUUGUACCUGUACAUUGACACUGCCAGAGGACUAUACGAAGUGUAGUUGGUAGCAUUUGCCAGAUACGAAAAACCCAUGCACACCUGUCC